UUUCCAUCCCAUUUAUAACACCCUUUAUUAUGGAAACUACUGUGCCAGAUAUCCAUGACCUACCAUUCACAGACGCUGCAAGGGGUCUCAAGUACCGCCUCGCAACCUCCGAUGACCAAGCGCCCAUGCGGACGAUAGAUAGUUCCUUCGAGACAAAUCGAGUUUUUGAAAUUGAAUCCAAAACAUCCAACUUUGGCUCCAGGGGCGAAGGAUUUGGACUAGACAUAAAGGCGGUCCAGUUGGACAGUCCCUUGCACAAAUCUUUUCCAGAGGAUGGCGACUCGGACGCGGAGGAUGAGUCACCGGAUUGCUUUACGGUGGUAGUCGAGGAUAUCAAUGCGCUAUCUGCAAAGGAUGCGCCGACACCAGAUCCUGAUUCCACCGACCAUCAUAACAAGAUUGUCGCAUUCAUAUCCGCCAAGCUCUCCAGCUGGAACAAUCGGUUGAUCAUCACUGAUAUUGAAAUCGAUCCGCUGUACCGACGGCAAGGAAUAGGACGGAAUCUCGUCCGCUGUGCGGAGAGGCUUGGCUCUGCUAGGUGGCCAAUUCGCCAUAUGUGGCUAGAAGUGUCGAAUGUCAACUAUCCCGCUAUCCAGAGCUAUCUCAGUAUGGGGUUCAGGUUGGCUGGAUUGGACGUUUCGCUAUAUGUUGGUACCCCGUCAGAGGGAGAAUUUGGGAUUUUCAUGUGGAAGGAAGUAAUUGUACCUCAGAAUUAGCGGAUAGAGGAUCGUGUAGUGGGGGGUUGAGAGCAUAUUCUAUGAAAAGUAGGGUCACCUGGAAGGUAGUGAGUGGCACCCUUUGGUGUACAGGGAUCGUGAAGCAAAGGAGAUGAUCUAGCAGGACCUUGAGAUUCUUAGCAUUGAUAGAUUACCAACAAUCUUAAUGCCAUUGGACUGAAACGAGCUGCCGCUGCAGGGAUAGAGCAAUAAUAGACUGCUACAAUGGAUGAGAUCACCCCAUUGGUGUCAAAAAUUACGGGAUACAUGCAGGUUCGAUAUCUCCUGAAUUCAGGUUGACACAAUAUUGACUCGAGGUCACAUGUUGUUCG